GAGUUUCGAAAAAUUGUUUUGAAACAAAAGAUAUUAUUGGGUUGAGUCCCCACUAGAUCACUCUCUUUAAAAUAUUUCGCGGCACAACCCAUAAUUGUGUAAGAUAGACUCUUAACCCACACUGUCCCAGAUAAAACGGUACAAUUACACUAUCUAUGGCUGUUAAGGCCAAUCAAUAAAUUUUGAAGAUGAAGCCACAAAAAACUCACGAGAAGAAGUGGAACCAAAAGGAGGACAUGGUCAAUAUAAAAAAUAAAAAAACGUCAUAAUUUUUUUUUAAGAUUUUAAAAAAUAAUACACCACAUAAUCCAAGACUCGACUCAGCCAGACAGAUGUCGCACGUGUUGGGGAUACGUAGGACUUCUUCAUUUUGUCAAUUCAAACAACACCUCUAAAUUUCAACACUUAGUGUUUAAGUGCUAACAAUUUUGUUCAUGUGGUUUUGUAGGUAAUCAUGGAUUCAAAUGAUGCAAAUGUGGAUGGUACAGAAAAACAAAUUCCAGAAGGGAAAAAAGCAGUUGGAGAAAGAGAUGUGAUUAGCACAUUACAUGAGAGCAUUCUUGGUCACAUCCUAUCUUUCCUUCCAAUCACAGAGGCGGUUCGCACGAGUGUCUUAUCAAGAAGGUGGAUUGAUGUUUGGACAUGGAUAACCAGUCUACAGUUUGAUGAUAAUUUGAUUUAUUCUGAGAAGAAGAUGGAAAAAGAUCAGUUUGAAAAUUUUGUAGAAAAAGUGUUUCUUCACUUUACUAAUUCAAGCAUAAAAAGUUUCUCUCUUUUGUUAACUUGUUAUCAAUAUGACGCAUCCCUGAUAAAUGCAUGGAUCUCUUUUAUCUUGGAACGAAGAGUUCAGAAGCUUCAUAUUCAGUAUGUGGAUAAAGUUUUCCUUUCUUCAAAUUCACUCUUUAGCUGCAAUUCUCUAGUAGAAUUGGUUCUUCAAGGGAGAUGUAAUCUUAGUUUUCCUACAUCUGUUUGUCUUCCAAAUCUUCAAAACAUUAGCAUUUAUGGGAUUAAGUUAGUGAGUGAUUCCUCUAAUUAUUCAAAAGAUAUAACUCUUAGUUUCCCAGUUCUCAAAGUGUUUGAAGCUAGAGGGUGUGAGUGGUCAACCAUGCACAACAUUAGUUUACAAGUACCUCUUCUUGAGAGGUUUUCCUUAACAAUAUGGAACCAUCAUUCAAAUGAAUCAUAUAAAGAUUCCAUCAAGGUUAAUAGUCUGCAACUAACCGAUUUCUAUUAUGAGGGUGAUCUCGAACAAGACAUCAUUCUAAAUGAUUUGUCAUCGAUUCAUAAUGCUUCUGUUGUGCUUGUUAUUGAUGAAGACAAAAAGGACAGAAUAAAAAAAGUUGGGUUUCAAACACAUAUGCUUCUUAGGCAAAUCUGUGAAGUGGAACGACUGAAAUUAUUGUUUUACAAGGUUUUAAGGCAUGCUAAUGAUAUUUUCACCAAUCUGCCUACCUUUAAAAGGUUGACUUAUCUGCAUUUAAAUGAGGUCACUGGUGAAGCUUUGUUGCAGUUACUCCACAAUUCACCAAUUCUUCAUACUCUUGGUUUACUUAAUGGAGUAUCAGAUUUAAAUAAAGAUGUCUUAACUUCUGCAAUGGUGCCUAAAUGCUUUUUGUCAAGCUUCAAAGUGUUUCAGUUUAAAGGUUUUAAUGCAAACGAGCAUGAUCUUUCUCUAGUAAAAUUUGUGAUGGAAAAUGCAGCAAUCAUGGAGAAGAUGACCAUAUAUCUUGCUUUUUGGUUGCGAUAUACAGAUAUAAACAAGGAAAGAGUUAAAGAGGAGAUAUUGUCCUUACCAAAGUGUUCUAGCUUUUGCAUUACAGAAAUUUCUGAUAUUAGUAGUUCCUGAAGAUUUCCCAAUAGAAUUAUCUGUUUAAGGUAUCUAGUUUUAGUGUAUUGCUUUACUACAUUAUAACAAAGCAAAAUAUAAGAGGUUUCUAUUAGAAUAUAAUUUAUAAUGUUACCGUAUCUUGUUUAAUAUUGAAAUGAUAAGUUUACUAAUAAUUGAAUUGUAUUUUGUUGAAAAUGGUACGUAGUUCUAGGGGUAGCAACUCUCUAAUCUUGAAUCAUAAUAGAAAUGUAUUCUAGUUGAUCUGCA